GAACUUGACGCUCCCAUCAAGGAAGAGGAGCUCGGCGGUGUACCGAAGAAUGUGGAGGAGCCCGCAGCGGGGACGACGAGCCUCGGCCGGGGUGCUCGUCGUGUCCGCCGGCCUGCCGCCGCCUCCGCCCCCGCGGCACUCAUGAGGCCGACAGCGAGGCGGAAAGCGGCCGCGGACGCCCACGACGAGCAUGUGCUGCUGCUGGCAAGUGGGCUUCGCCUGGACGCGGUCUUGCGCGGUUGACCUCGGCCGGAGCCAGAGCGUCUCGAAGCCGUCGUUUUAUGGGGCCAUCGUCGCCCUUCCCCUGGGCGGCGAACGUGGCGCCAUCAUGUCGGCCUUGGGCUCGGACGCUUGGUGGCGGAAGACGCUCUAUCUGACCGGAGGAGCUCUGCUGGCCGCCGCUGCUUAUUUGCUGCACGAAUUGCUGGCCGUCAGGAAAGAAGAAGAGUUGGGGUCGACAGACGCCAUCAUUCUGCAUCAGUUCUCCCGGCCCAAAAGCGGAGCCCCGUCCCUGUCCCCCUUCUGCCUUAAGACGGAAACCUACCUCCGCAUGGUCGACCUCCCCUACCAGAACUACUUCGACGGGAAGCUGUCGCCGCAGGGCAAGAUGCCGUGGAUCGAGUACAACCAGGAGCACGCGUGCGGCUCCGACUUCAUCAUCGACUUCCUGGAGGAGCGGCUGGGCGUGAGCCUCAACGAGAGCCUGACGCCACAGGAGAAGGCCGUGUCCCGCGCCGUCUCCAAAAUGGUAGAGGAGCACUUCUACUGGACCGUGGCGUACUGCCAGUGGGUGGACAACCUGGAGGAGACGCAGAAAAUGUUGUCCGUGAGCGGGCCGCUGAGCGAGCUGCUCAAGUGGAUCCUGAGUCACGUGACCGGCGGCAUCGUCAAGCGGGAGAUGUACGGACACGGGAUGGGACGCUUCUCCAAGGAGCAAGUCGACGCCAUGAUGGAGAAGGACAUGCGCACACUGGCCACGCUGCUCGGCAAUAAGAAGUACCUGAUGGGCUCCAAGAUUUCAACAGUCGAUGCCACGGUGUUCGGUCACCUGGCACCUGCCAUGUGGACUCUGCCCGGGACACGACCAGAGCAGCUCAUCAAAGGCGAGCUGAUCAACUUGGCCAUGUACUGCGAGCGGAUUCGCCGCCGCUUUUGGCCCGAGUGGUUCGUGGACUUGGAGGACUUGCGCUACGCCGACGCGUCCGAGUGCGGCGCGUCGGCCUCCGAGCUCCCCGACUUGGGCCUCUACUCGCGCACGGACACCUCCCAGGACGACGACACGCGCUCCACCCGCACAGCGCACACGCCGCCCGUGUCGCCCGGCAGUGACCCGACGGGCGUCUCGCUGUACGACUCGGACAUGGACACCGAGUGCUCCGAAAUGGAGUCGCUCAAGUGUUGACCCAAGUCGGGCGGCGGGGAACAAAAACAAACGCAUUUGGGAAAUAUCUCCUCCACGUGGUCGUGCGCUGCAGCAGCUUGUGUGUGUGUGUGUGUGUGUUACAUUACUGUAACCAUGGCAACUGUUUGACACCAUUGUUGUCCCUUGUGAGCCAAUGGCGCCACCUCGUCAUGUACAGAAAGGACAUGAAACUACACAAGAUUCAUAUGGACGGAUGCUCAUCAGUGUAAAUACAUGCAACUAUAUAUAGAUGCACACAACAUACAUAUAAAUAGUAUAGAUAUCCUGCAAAUAUUGAAUAUUCAAUUCCCCGCGUGAUGGUGUAAAUACUUUCCCACCCAAAAUUGGUCCAGAGUCAGAAUGACAAUUAUUCAUUUGGAAAGAUUUAGAGACAUUCUUCAAAUAGAUCUUAACCAGAUCUCGGAAUUAACUUUGCCUUUACGGCAAUAAACUGUGGGUCCACUUUUUAAUACUUUGAGUUGACUUGUAUUUUUUACAUUCUUGCCUUAUGGCAUCCUUAUUCACAUUGGGCCUUGUGUUGUGUUAAACGUAUUUAUUGAUAUUGAUUUGUUAUAUUUUACAUUUAUGUAUCAUUUGAAAAUCUAUUUUUGAAAAAGGUUUGUUGUAUUUUUUUCAUGUCAGUAAAUUAUUUGGGAUUUUGUUUGUAAAACCUGGUUUGUCAUUUACACAUUCAUUUAUUGAUUUGUGGCUUUAAUUUAAUCUCUUUUCUUAUACUAGUCCACGUGUUUUGUUCCCAGUCGUCAAUAAGUGCAAUAAAGUCAGUCAUCUUCGAGGCGCCACUUUGUGCGCCCGUUCCAGUCCUCGCCGUCUGCAAAGUCAACCUUUGUGAUGGAGAGAGGGGAGAAAAAGAAAAAAAAAACAACCAAGUUUUACAGGGACCCACUUCUGCUUUUCGACUUUGGAAGCCAUACGACACCGUCUUGUUAUAUGUUUAGUGUGUGCAUUGUGUCAUUUCAUGAGCUGUAAAUACACACGCUAUGGAAAGCCGUUGGAGCAUUUAUGGUCCACGUACGACUGUUGUACAUCAUUGUCCUCGUUCGUAAGAGAAUUCAGCAUUUUCUCCACGACUUGGAUAAGAGCUUAAACGGCUUCCCAUAAACGUGGCAAUGCCGUGCAUCGUGAUGUAACGUUACCAAUGUAUGUAGAGACGAUGGAUUAAAUACGUGUGAUAUUUUA